AUAUAUAUAUAUGUAUUUUUUUAUUUGAACUUAGAAAUAUAAAUAAAUAGAAAAAAAACUAAAAAAAUACGGUUAAAUAGAUAAAAACUAUAUUAUUUUCUACAGUCCUAUAUAUCAUUAAUCAUGCAGGUCAGUCCUCAAAACCCUAAGGGUAAAUCAAACAUGGUUUAUGAUGAUGAAUUUAAAAGACACCCUGGAACUGAUAAAUGGAUGGUUUCUAUAGUUAUUGAACAAGGACGAAUAUUAUCAAAAUUCGAAUAUAAAAUGACGUCAUAUGAUCCAAAUACAUACCGAGCGUUUUUCGAACCUGUCAAAACAACAAAACCAAUGCGAAUAUACGCUUCUAAUUCAAAACGUCACAGACCACAAAUAAUAUCAAUUACAUUACUUGAAUACAAUCAAGGUCGAAUUACAGCUGAAGAACAAAUUUCUUUACAUCCACUUUCAUUUUCCGUUAAUGAACCUGGGACAUUUUGUUUAUUCCGAGAUAAAUCAUUUUGGCAUAUGUUUGUUCAAGUUACAAUGGAAGAGCAUUUACAUGAAUUUAACAGAAAAAGAGAUCCUCAAAGAUGGGUUACACCUUUAGGAUUCGAAGUUGAAGUUGUCAUGGAUGAUGGCUUCUCAGAUGAGAAAAGUCCAAGUGUUGUUGUUGAAGAGUACGUUGAAACCGAUGAUAACGAACCAAAAAAUAAGAAUGUCAUUAAGAAUGUAAUUAAGAAUGAAUUUAGUCCAGAAAAUGUUACAACACCACCACCAAUUGCUCGUUCAACUUCCUCAUUUCCAUUUCAUAAUCGCACCUUCACUGAGUGGUGUGUACAUAAACCACCAAAAUGGAGAAGAAAAUUGAAAAAACUCGGUAACAACGUUCGUAAUGCAUUUAACCGAACAAGAUUCUAAAAAAAAAGAUUCAUCUCGUUUUGUAAAUAAUCAUGACACAAUUUGUUCAUAUAUCUUAUCCUCCCCCCCAAAAAAGACAUUUUUUUCUCUUCUGUAAUAUUUUCAUAUUAUUAUCAAAAAAAAAAAUUUUUUUUUUUUUUUUUUUUUGCCUUUUUUGAUCGUAAAUUACGAUUCAAGUUUCAUCGAAACGAAACGUGUUCCUUUAAAUUAGAUGAUACAAUAGUUCUUCAAAAACGUAGAGAAUCCUUUAAAGACUUCUCAAAUUAUCACAUAUCACCACCAUAAGCUUUUUUUAUCACCAUAUAAAACUCUAAGCAAACUCUUCUCAAAUU